GGUGGGGAGUGCGCACGCAAGGCAGAGUGCAUCAGCAGGCGUCUCAAUGUUAUGCCGACUUUCAACCGCGCAACACCUAUCCCUACAUAGUCUUCGAUAUAACAAAGUGUCUCUACGAAAUUUCUUGAAGUGUUUAAGGAUUCGCAAAGAGUAUUUUACGAUGUGCAUCGUCUUUUUCAAGCAAGCAGAACUAAUACAAGAUUGUGAUAUUCCGAAUAGGAUGAUUCUAGCACCUCCGCAAGAUCUAUAUGAAAACCGACCUAGAUAUUAUUGUAUGCUACGAAUUGAACCUGCCCACCGCACCAACGACCAUUCAAUUUGUGGAAGGUGUUUCUUAGAAUUUACUAUAAUGCAAGUGGACACCUUACACAUGUACGAAGAAGCAAAUUAUCAUAGCCUUUGCGGAGUCUCAGGCCGCACACGUGCCAUUCGUUGCCAUAGAUGCGAUAGACGAAUAGGACGGCUAAUACCCGCAGAAGAAUGUCCCGAGUGCGCCGAGCGGAUACCUACGCUGACUGAAAUUGAGGAAUAUACGUUAGCUCAGGGGCUAUUAGUACCCAUUACGGACGAGACGACAGACUGACAUAUGAGGAAGAAAGAAUGAAUAUUUUAAACAAACUGAUUACCUACAGUGUUCACUGCGGAAACCAACGUGGCUUCGCAAAUCCCAAAGACGAGCAAAUGAUUUCCUGCUAAUAGUGGGAGGAGAAAUGCGAAAACCUUCGUCUGUUAUUGAUGGCAUUCAGUGCUAACUCGUGAUUCUUUCAACCAUGGCAGAGUGAAAGGUUACAACAGCGAACGGUUGUUUAUAGAUACGGAAAUAUAGAUUUUAUAACUAUAAAAGU